AUGGCCAAGGCUAAGACAAAGACUACAGUUAUCAAACUGAUAUCAACUGCUAUGACAGGUGUGAGCCGUCAUGUCACGAUAAAUAGAGCUGCACCAUUAGUGACGCAGGUGAGGUACGACCCUGUAGCUAAACGUCAUGUUUUGUUCAAAGAGGCCAAGAAAAGAAAGGUUGCAGAGAGGAAACCAUUGGACUUCUUACGUACCGCAAGACGUUAA